AUGGCACCAGUUUCAAAACCAAAGAAGAAUGAAGUCCAGAAGGAGCAAAAGAAGCGCGGUCGACCCAAAGUUUCGGUUAUGGAGCCUGCUUCAGAAACAAAGGAGAAAGAAGUACAGAAGACGCGUGGUCGUCCCAAAGGAGCAAAAACCAAGUCUACCGUUCCGUCGUCCAAAAUCGCGGGAGUUAAGAAAAGUGUAAAAACGAAGGUCGCUGGGAAACGAGGUCGGCCCAGAACGAAGACGGACGCAGAAAACCCGGUGAAGUUUGUUGACCUUGUCCUCGGAGCCUUCAAGGCUUUAAACAACAGCAAAGGAUCGUCUCUUCAGGCAGUCAAGAAAUACCUUAGGGAAAAUGAAGGGAUUGAUUCGCAGAAGAAGGCUAUUUACAUUAACAAGUCUGUACGAAAAUUAACGGAAGAAGGGGUAUUGCGCCAUCGUGUUGGAAUUGGGGCCAGAGGAACUUUCAAGGUGGUUUCCGCUUAG